AUGACGAGUACAUCAAACUCUGUCCAACAACAUUCUUUCAAAAUUAAUGUGCUCAUUCAUGUUCCUCCAUCAUGCACCAACACUAUCACGAAUCAUCCACUUCUGCGUAGUUAUGUUUUACUUCAAUUGAUGGAACAAUCGGAGAGUGGGCAAGUGGUUUUUACUCAUUUUCAUCAUGUUGUUCAAACAACCAUUUCUAUGCAACACAAUGUUUUACAGGUAGAACUUUCGUUUACAAGCUUUUUACCAACAAAUUCCUCAAUGAGUGAUGGAAACGCAUCCGACCUCACCUCUUCAUUCCAACACUUAUUUCCAUAUCGGAUCGGAAUGGACUCUCCCAUUGUUUUCAAUUUUAAAGUUGCAACAACACAAGAGGAUGCAAAGUCACAAUCAUCAAAAACAGCCACGACUGCUCGACGAAAAUACCAAUGUGGAGGCUUAAAAAAAGAAUAUGAUCUACUCAAAAAAACCUUAAAGCAAAUGAUUGAUUUAGGAGAAAAUAAUGUCAGCGCUGGAGUUUUGAUACACGGCUUGUCUGGAACUGGCAAGGAUUUACUUGUAAAUACAGUUUUGCAAGAUUUAUUUAUUGAGGCAUCUUCAAAUAACGGCAUAUCACAGGGACAAGUUGAUGACCACCAUGCAUCGUCACGAAUUAAUAUUGACAUGGACGAAAAUUAUCAACUCAACAUCACGGCUCUCCAUGCCUCCAUGUUCACAAGUAAGGUAUACGGACAAAACGAGGCCAAAAUGAGGCAAUUCUUCCAGAAUCCAAAUCAACUUGGUCACACCCAAUCUAUUUAUUCUUACAAGUUUAUUAUUUUACAAGAUUUAGAUCAAUUGGCACCCUCCAAUCAGAUCAUUCAGGAUAGCUCUAUAGCAUCAAAGGGAGGAAAACGACUUGUGAGCACUCUGUUACAUGCCUUAGAUGAUUGUCCCAAAAAGAGAAUAAUAGUCAUUGGAGUGACUAACCAAUUCUCCAAGAUUGAUCCCUCAAUUAAACGAUCGGGAAGGCUCGAUCAGGCUGUGAUUGAGUGCCCCAUUCCUGGUGAAGCAGAGAGAGUAGAUAUUUUGAGAGCAAUUUUUGAGCAAUGUAAUAUCGAGACACAAGAAAAUUUAAUCUCCAAAGUUGCGAGCGUUACACAUGGUUUCGUUGGCUCUGACUUGAAAUCCUUAUGUAACGAAGCCAUACUUCAAUAUUUUAUGAAAGGAGAAAUAUUGUCCAAUGACCAUCGUCAUGAUACCACUAGUAGCAGUAACACUCCUCCCACUUUGACUCUUAAUUAUGACUUGUUUGAGAAUGCAUUGGUUCAUGUGAGGCCCAGUGCCAUUCGACAUAUUCUUGUGGAAGUUCCUAAAGUAUUUUGGAAUGAUAUUGGAGGACAGGACAAUGUAAAGCAAGCCCUCAAAGAGUCUAUAGAAUGGCCUUUCAAAUAUGCAGAGCAUUUCAAGAGAAUGAAGAUACGAGCGCCAAGAGGUGUAUUGCUCUAUGGUCCACCCGGCUGUUCCAAGACACUACAAGCAAAAGCAUUGGCAACAGAAGCAAAAUUGAACUUUUUGGCUGUGAGAGGUCCUGAAUUGUUCAGUAAGUGGGUAGGUGAGAGUGAACGGGCAGUUCAACAAAUAUUCGCAAAGGCACGACAAGCAGCACCAAGUAUCAUCUUUUUUGAUGAAAUUGAUGGUCUCGGUGUUGAGAGAGGUAGUGGAGGAAAUUCCGUGGGAGAUCGAGUCCUUUCACAACUUUUGCAAGAAUUGGAUGGAAUUGAUCCACUCCAAGGCGUGACUAUCAUUGCUGCAACCAAUAGACCAGAUUUACUGGAUAAAGCACUAUUGAGACCUGGUCGAAUUGAUCGAAUGCUCUAUGUGGCACCACCAGACGCGUCUGCCAGAAAAGAAAUUAUGAACAUUCAAUUGAAACGUAUGAGUCAUAACAUUACACCUGAACAAAUUGAACAAAUUGUAAAUGGUACAGAAAACUAUAGCGGAGCAGAAAUGACUGCUCUCUGCAGGGAGGCCGCUUACUUGGCUCUUCAAGAAAACAUUCAUGCAGAAUAUGUGGAAUUUAAACAUUUUGAAGCGGCUAGACGCACCAUUCUACCUCGAAUCACCCAAGAAAUGCUUGAUUUUUAUAAGGAAUUUGCCAAUAAGAAUAGAGCUGACUAG